AUGAAUCAGGCUGCCGGACACAUCUUGCGCUGGAUGCAAGACGAGGCGCUCGAGGUCAACGUGUUUCACACCUCCGCUGUUCUGUCUGCUUGUUCGAGAAGCGUGCAGUGGCAGCUGGCCUUGGACUUGCUGCAAUGCCACGAAGUUGUCAACGAAGUCGGAUUCAACGCCUUUCUUGACUCCUGCGAAAAGGCCGGGCGCACGGACCUAGCCUUCAAGAUGUUUGCAACGAUGUCAGAGCGGUCCCUGCAGCCAGAUGUCAUAAGCUGCAACACGGCCCUGCGUGCAGCGAGCUCCUCCCAACACUGGCAGCAGGGACUCGCCUUCCUCGAUGGAGCUGAGGUCGACGUGAUCAGUUACACCUCAUGUAUGAGCUGUUGCCAGGGGGACUUGUGGCAGGUUGCACUGGCUUUUUGGGAUCUGAUCCAAAUCGCGCACUUCGAGCCCAGCUCCCGGGCUUUCAAUUCGGCCAUCCAUGCAGUUCGUGCAGAGUGGACAGUGGCUCACCAGAUUUUCCAAGAAAUGCUGGCAUCAGGGACGUCGGCGGAUCCGUACACCUUGAGCUCGUUAGUUCACACAUCUUGGGAACUGGCUUUCAACAUCAGAAGCAUUGGACUUGCCCGGAUCGACGGGGCUGCAUGCAACGCACUUCUGGACAGCGGGCCUUGGACUGUGGGCUUGGAGAUUUUGCAGGACAUGAAGCUAGAGAGGAUCUAUGUGGGGUGUGUCGGCUACACAGCCUUGGGACGAGCAAUUGGAUCUCUUCGCUGGAGCCAGGGGGAAGCCCUCUUGUCGCAGAUGCGCCGAAUGGAGGUGCAGGCGGACAGCUUCUCCACAAACUUGGCGAUUGGCCUUUCCGAAGAGGGUGACUGGCAAUCGGCUUGCUCGGCAUUGCGGGAUGUGUCGGGAACUUCGCUGGCGCCAGAUGAAAUUGGUGUCAGCACGGCUCUCAGCACAUGCGAGCAGUCGUCACAGUGGCGCUGGGCAGCACGGCUGUUCGCGCACACCGAAGCUGUGCAGAAGAUUGGCUCCAGAGUGGUUGCCAUGAAUGCGGCCCUCGGUGCUUUCGCAAAGAGCCUUCAGUGGGGCUGGGCAAUGCGCUUUCUACACCAGAUGCUUGAAGGCACUACGCAGCCCAAUGUCGUAUCACUCUCGACCUCCAUCAGCGCCUGUGAGAAAAUUGGCUACUGGAGAGUCGCCCUCUUCAUCUUCACGGCUUUCAGAAGCGCGCAGCUCAAGGACCCUGGUGCUGUCUUCGGCUGCAGCGCUGCGAUCAGUGCCUGCGAGAAGGGUCGGCAGUGGCGGCUUGCUCUGUCUACACUGAGCCGUUCGCGGCACAAUCGGGUGCUGCUAAGCGAGAUAUCCUUCUCUGCUGCCAUCAGCGCAUGUGAAAAAGGCCACGAGUGGAGGUUCUCCCUGCUGCUGCUCGAUGCCCUCGCACCUGCGAACCUCCAAAUGGGCGGCGUUAGUUUCGAUGCGGCCAUUAGCGCCUGCCAGAAAGGCGAAGCUGCAUCGCAUGGAACAAGUGGGCACAGUCUGGGUGCUGCUCUCACAGCCUGUGAGAGAAGUGGGAAUUGGGAUGUGGCUUUGGAUGCCUGGCAGAGGAUGCAGAGCCAGUGCUUGUCGUUGGAUGAGACAAGCAUCAGUGCAAUUGUCAAUUCGUGUCGCAAUGGUGGUCGCUGGCAGCUGGCGUUGCAGAUCACCAGCUCAGGCAGUAUGCCCGCGCACUUGCGAUCAGCGGGUGUGGGCGCCUGCGAAGCAUCGGAUGUGCCGGCAGAGGGUCUUGGUGUCGGCGUCAUGCUGAAAAUGAGUGCAGAUCUUACACCACUUCUCAGGGUGAAGGAGACGCUUGGACGGGCGCCUGGCAUCGAGGAGGCCGUGCAAGAAUGGAGGAGGAGUCCGUGGCUGGGAACGGGAUUCCUUGGCGACGUUGCAAAGAAGAAGGGGCCGGAGGCUGCCCUGGGAGUCUUGGAGUAUCUGUCUUCACGAGAGGUGGAGGUCAACACCUUUCAUUACAACUCUGUCAUCUCGGCGAGCGGGAGGGACUGGGAGUUGGCGCUGCAGCUGCUGGAGCAGAUGAAAGACGGGAGGGUGUCGCCAAGUGAAGUCAGCUACGGUGCCGCAAUCAAGGCCUGCAGCAAAGGCAGACAGUGGCAGCAUGCGCUCGGAUUAUUGUUUGCAAUGGGACUCGAACCCAAUGUGGUGGUGUAUACUGCUGCGAUCAGCUCAUUAGAGACGAGAGCACAAUGGGAAAUUGCCGUUGCACUGCUUGAGCUCAUGUCCAUGCAGUCCCUCCGUGCGGACGUGACCUGCCUCAGCGCAGCCAUGCGGACGGCCAAGAUGAACUGGGAGAUUUCUUUGCAGCUUUUCGAGAGCAUCAUUGACAAGGAACUGGCACCGGACCUUAUCAGUUUCAACACCCUGAUCAGCUCGUGCGAAGAGCAGGGCCUUUGGAAGGAAUCAUUGAAGAUCCUGAACUCUGCAUCAGAAUUCACUUUGCAUCCUAACGCGGUGAGCUACAAUGCUGCAGUGGCCGUUCAACGAUCUGCAGGAGAGUGGGAGGUAGCGCUCAGUCUGCUGGACCAGAUGCGAUCAAGUGGCCUUCUGCCGGGCCUCAUCACUUACAACGCCUGCAUCAGCUCUUGCCAAAAGAGUGCCAUGUGGGAGGUGGCCCUGCGCCUUUUCGAGGAAGCCAAACGCGUCGGGCUGCAGGCUGACGUCAUUAGCUUUACUGCCGUGAUCAGCGUGUUUGGGCAGGUCCGCCAGACUUGGCAGCUGUCACUACAACUCCUGCGGGACAUGGAUGGAUUUUCUGUUGCGCCAAACGCCCUCACAUAUGGCGCAUGCAUCGCUGCAGUAGCACGGGCUGAACAGUGGCAGACAGCCUUAGCAUUGCUGGUCAAGGCUUGUGGCGAGAAAGCGGCCCCAGUAGCAACCUUCAAUGCCGCCUUGAGUGCCACUGAAAAGGGGGAACAAUGGCAGAAGGCUUUGCAGCUCCUCGAGUGGAUGGACGUCUUGUCAGUGAUACCGGAUGACAUCAGCUGGAACUCUUGCAUCAGUGCUUGCGAGAAGUGUGGACAGUGGCAGACAGCUCUGACCAUGCUUGACGCCAUGACGCACAGAAAUCGCCAUCCCGACGAGAUCACGUUCAAUGCAGCGAUCAGUGCUUGCGAGAAAGGUGGUCAGUGGGAGAUGGCAAUGGCGCUGUUGAGUGCUAUGCCAGAAAAGCGAGUUGCCCCUGGGGUCGUCAGCAUCAAUGCCGCCAUGGGCGCUUGUGGGGCGCGAUGGCAGAUGGCAUUGCUUCUACUCUUCGGCAUGCCGUCCUUCAAGGCUCAGGCAUCUGUGGUCAGCUUCAGCACGGCGAUGAGCGCCUGCGAGCGUGCAGGCGAAUGGGAGCUGGUGUUGAGCCUGCUGAGCUCCCACCAGCCCAUGGCCAUGGCAGAUCCGGUCUGCGUCAGUACAGCGAUUACAGCCUGUGGAAAGGCCAAUCAAUGGCCUUUAGGCCUCUUUCUUCUAAGGUCAAUCGCAGAACCUGACAGCGUCUGCUUCAAUGCGGCCAUCAGCGCCUGCGCAGCCGAUCCUUACCAGUGGCACUUGACCUUGGACCUGUUGCAGAGUAUGAAGGAGCGAGGAAUGCCUCUCAGCGAGAUUACGUUCAGCGCCAUCAUCAGUGGCUUGACACACUGGGCCCUCGCCGUGCAAAUAUUGGAGGAGAUGCUGCAACAGAAGAUCUUUGCGAACGACAUCACUUACAGCUGCGUGAUCAACGUGUGCACCAAGGCGACUCAAUGGGCUCCAGCUCUCGAGUUGCUUCGGUUCUUUUCCACCCGGACCACGCCUAAUCUCAUCGCGUACACUGGUGCCAUAUGUGCAUGUGAGGAGAGUUGCCAGUGGCGGGCGACAUUGGAUAUCUUGCAGCAGAUGUCUGAAAGACGCAUCGCUCCGAAUUUGCCAAGCCUUAGCAUGACGACUGAAGCUCUGUGGAAGAGCAGUCAGAUGCAGAUGGCCGGGCAACUUGCAGGCCGAAUCUCACAGGAGACACUACUCUUCUUCAUGUCCCUGAGAAGAAUCGCCGAAGACGAAGCUGCCGCACAAAGGGCAACAUCUUUGAGUGGGGGAUGA